AUGCCAAGUGUAUCAACCUUGCUGACCAACACGUCUCUGGUGAUCCUUCAGAGUCACGUCAGCUUCAGUUACCCUCGACCCCAUGUGCCCAACGUGAUCGAGACCGGAGGAAUGCAUAUCCAACAACCACAGGCGCUAGCAAAGGAUCUGGAGAAACUAAUGGACGCCGCAGAGGACGGCAUCAUAUUUUUCAGUAUGGGUUCUGCUGUAAAGAGCUCAGAUUUUCCAGAGGAGAAGCUCCAGGCCUUUAUAGGCGCGUUCUCCAGGCUGAAACAACUCGUCCUCUGGAAGUGGGAGAAUAACACGAUGCCUGGAAAACCAGCGAAUAUACCGCGAGAAGCGAAGCUGCGGUCCCGCCUGUUCUGGGACCGCCCGGAGAGCCCUGUGGAGACGGCCGUCUACUGGACGGAGUACGUGCUGAGGCACCGGGGAGCCCCCCACCUGCGCAGUGCGGUCCUCGACCUCAGCUGGUACCAGUACCUCCUGCUGGACGUCGCUGCCCUGCUGCUGUCUGGAGCGCUCCUGGCCUUGCAUCACCCAGCAGUAGUCUUUUUACUGCACUUUCUACAGGCCACGGCGCUGCAUCUCUAUAAGAUGAAGGGUGGCUGGCUACUUGCUCUGGUGAUAUCCACGACGUGUGGCUUGUUUGUUAGCCAUGUGAACGCGGCGAAUGUGUUGGCCCUUUUUCCCCUGCCAGCCAGGAGUCACUGGUUUUCGCUCAAACCGCUCAUCACUGGGCUGUCCGAAAGAGGUCACAACAUCACACUGCUGAUAACUGAGUCAGAGGAAGAUAUACCUGAAAACUGGAACGUUAUCAGAAUCCCAGCGGUAUUUCCAAUGACCUUGAUGAAACAAGAUAUGAUGAAACUAAGCUCAACGAAAGGCAUGAAACUAUAUGAUAUAUUCAUUGACGCUGGCAUCGAAAUGUGUGAAAAUCUCUUGCCACUGGAAGCUGUUCAAAAACUGAUGAAUACAAAAGAGAGAAUGUUCGACCUGCUUGUCAUGGAAUACUUCUUCAUGAACGAUUGCUUUUUAGGUUUCUCACACAAAUUCAAUGUACCCGUGGUCGCCUUGUCUUCUGUUGGAGGAUUUCACUGGGUAACAGAUGCAGUUGGCGAGCUAUGCACGCCAUCAUACAUUCCUGAUAUUUUUAGCGACUAUACAGACCACAUGACUUUCUGGCAGCGUUUAGAAAACACCGUGGCUCUAAUGUACGCAAGGUACAUUUAUAAUUAUCACUACUUACCGAAAAUUGACGAAAUUAUCGAGAAAAAUUUCAAAGAUCCUACGAUGCCUCGGCUGUCAGCUCUGAGAGCCAACACGUCACUGAUGAUCGUUCAAAGCCACGUGAGCUUCAGUUAUCCCCGACCUCACUUACCCAAUGUGAUUGAGACCGGCGGAAUGCACAUCCAGCAACCAAAGGCACUGCCACAGGACUUAAAGAAUGUAAUGGACAACGCAAGAGACGGAGUAAUAUUCUUCAGCAUGGGAUCUUUAAUAAAGAGUGCAGAUUUUCCACAGGAGUGGGUUCAAACCUUCCUCACAGUCUUUUCUAAACUGAAGCAACAGGUCCUGUGGAAAUGGGAGAACGACACCAUGCCUGGGAAACCAGCAAAUGUGCAUCUGAGAAAAUGGUUUCCGCAGUCUGACUUGCUAGGUCACAAAAACGUGCAGCUUUUCAUUUCCCAUGGGGGACUGCAGAGUUCUUUGGAGGCGACCGCUCGAGGUGUUCCGGUGAUUGGUAUGCCAGUUGCUGCCGAGCAGCGCUAUAACGUCCAGAGGAUCGCCAGCUAUGGAUACGGCAUCAGACUAGAUCUGCAGAACAUCAGUGUUCAGUCCGUGGAGUGGGCUGUUAAUGAAGUUUUAAACAACCCAACAUACCGCGAGAAGGCAGAGCAGCGGUCCCGCCUGUUCUGGGACCGCCCAGAGAGCCCUGUGGAGACGGCCGUCUACUGGACAGAGUACGUGCUGAGGCACCGGGGAGCCCCCCACCUGCGCAGCACCGCCCUCGACCUCAGCUGGUACCAGUACCUCCUGCUGGACGUCGCUGCCCUGCUGCUGUCUGGAGCGCUCCUGGUGCUUAUAGUCACUGUCGUGGCUGUCAGGACACUCUACAGGCUAAUUACAGCAAAAACGUCUUCCUCGCAUCAACAAAAGAGAAAGAAGACCACUAAGAAGGAAUGAAGAAGUCUGCAGAUAACGGUGUCACGCCUCUAUGUCCUCUCGGAACCUAACGUAAACAGAGCCAGCAACUGGCGGUACACUGCUACCACCAUGUUUUGGAGGCUACUCGCAACACUGGACGUUUAGUCUCCAUACGUUUUUACAUAAAACUUGUUUCUGUCUUCUCUGACAUGUCUCUUAAUUUAUUCUUUGAGAUUAUUCUGCACGACCGUGUUUAUCUCGACAUUCCAAGAAAGGAAUUUUGUAGCAGCCUUUUUUCACAUGGCUACAAUUGCUUUGUCUUGCACUUCUCUUGCUCAGCUCGGAUGGUUUAGAAUUCGAGGUAGUAUCUGUUCUCCUCAUUUAGCUGUGUAUCAGUUUUUUCAGUGCUGAUUAUCCAACUGAACCGGAGCGAGACUACACAUUCAGUGAAUUUUCGCCACCUGUAACUAUUUAGUACUACCCUCAAAAAGAGACACCGCGGUGUGUGAAUCAAGAAAUAGCUAAUUUGAAGGUAAUGGCAGUGGCACGUAAAGUGCCCUCCGCCACACGCCGUUGGGUGGCUUGCGGAGUAUAAAUGUAGAUGUAGAUGCAGAUUAUUAUUAAUUACUACAUGUACUGCUGUAAUUGUGUCACAACAAAGGGCGUUUAU